AUAACGAAGCAAAGGCAUCCCAGCAGAGCAGGGAGGAGAGAAGGUGUCGGGUAGAAGGAGCAGAGACUCACAUCUCUUGCACACACAGGAUCCACUUUGUUGGAUCAGUCUCUACUCUCGGGGGUUCUAUCGGCCGGCGUAAUGGACGUAGAUGCAGGGAGAACCCGGCGGUCGGACACAGGCGGCGACGAGACGGUACUUUUGUCCUCGUUGAAUACAGACGGACCGGACCGUGUGGAGGGUAAAGACCCAGGAGGCGGGACUCCAAAAGGGGACACGGAAGGUCAGGGGGUCCAGGGGGUAGAGGAUAAUGUGGCACGAGGGGGAGGUGAGGAACCCCGGGCAGCUGCUUCAGACUGGACUGAAGAUAAAGGCGAGGGAUCUCCUGGUGUUGACAGGGAGGAACCUGGAGAGAAACUGGAUGAAGCGCAGAGGGAGGAGGGCGAGGGUGAAGAACAGGUGGAGGAGGUCCAAAAUAGAGACGCUCUCAAAGAUGGAGAGGAGAUGCAGACUGGGAGGGUUCCAGAAAAGAUGAAUGGGGAUAAAUAUACUGAUGUGGUGAGUGAGGAAAGGGGCACUGAUAAGGUGAAAGAGGAAAAAGUUAUUGAUGACGUGGAAGAAGAGAAUGACACUGAUAAGGUGAAAGAGGGAAAAGGUGUUGAUAAGGUGAGCGAGGAACAGGACACUGAUAACGUCAAUGAGAAAAAGGGUGUUGAUACGGGGAAAGAGGAAAAAAGUGCUGAUAAGGUGAGCAAGGAAAAGGGAACUGAUAAGGUGAAUGAGGAAACAAGUGUUGAUAAGGUGAGAAACGAAAAGAAGCCUGAUUUGGUGAAAGAGGAAAAGGGUGCUGAUAAGGUGAGCCAGGAACGGGACACUGGUAAGGCCCAAAAGAAAAAGGGUGUUGAUAAGGUGAAAAAGAAAAAAGGGGUUGAUAAGGUGAGUGUGGAAAAAGGGACUGAUAAGGUGAAAGAGGAAAAAAGUGUUGAUAAGGUGAGUGAAGAAAAAGGUGUUGAUAAGGUGAGCCAGGAACAGGACACUGAUAAGGUCAAUAAGAAAACGGGUGUUGAUAAGGUGAAAGAGAAAAAAGGUGUUGAUAAGGUGAGCAAGGAGAAAGGGACUGAUAAGGUGAAAGAGGAAAAAGGUGUUGAUAAGGUGAAGGAGGAAAAAGGUGCAGAUAAGGUGAGCCAGGAACAGGACACUGAUAGGGUCAAUAAGAAAAGGGGUGUUGAUAAGGUGAAAGAGAAAAAAGGUGUUGAUAAGGUGAGCAAGGAGAAAGGGACCAAUAAGGUGAAAGAGGAAAAAGGUGUUGAUAAGGUGAAGGAGGGAAAAGGUGCAGAUAAGGGGGGGAAGGAAAAGCAGACUGAUAAGGUGAAAGGGGAAAAAGGUGCUGAUAAGGUGAGCCAGGAACAGGACAGUGAUAAGGUGACUAAGGAAAAGGGUGUUGUUGAUAAGGUGAAAGAGGACAAAGCAGAAAAGGAGGAGGUGAAGAAGAAAGAAGGCAAGGAAACGGAAGCAAAAGAAAAAGAGUCUGGGAAGUCCAAGAAGAGCCCAAAGUCUGCACCUCCUGUCGUGUCCCGUCCAAGACCCUCGGCCCGCUCUGGCAGGGCAUCCGCCAGGAAGGACAUCAUGGCCAAGUUCCAACAAGGCGCACCCAAGACGCCCGUGACACCAAACUUUAAACUUCAGAAGUCUGCCUCCGCCUCCGCCACCGGCGCCUCCAUCAAGCAGAGGAUGCUGCAGUGGUGCCAGAGCAAGACACGCAACUACCAGGGUGUCAACAUCGAAAACUUCUCGUCGUCUUGGUGUGAUGGGAUGGCUUUUUGUGCGCUGAUCCACCGCUACUUCCCCGAUGCUUUCGACUACAGCACCUUGAAACCCACAGAAAGGGAAAAAAACUUCACACUGGCCUUCCAGACUGCAGAGUCCUUGGCUGACUGCUACCCCCUGUUGGAGGUCCCCGACAUGCUCAUGAUGGGCAACCACCCGGACCCCAUGUGUGUGUUCACCUACGUCCAGUCCCUGUGCCAAGGCCUCUCCAAGCUGGAGAAGGAGAGAAAAGACAAGGAGGAGAAGGAGAGGAAAGAAAAGGAGGAGAAAGAAGGGAAAGCGAGCAAAAACGCCUCUGAGGUCAAAAAACCAGGAGAGGAAGAGGAGGCUUGUGAGAUGGAGGAAGAAGGGGACGUGUUGGUGGAAGCAGAAUCCUAAGGAAGGCACCACCACCAAAAAAAAAAAAAAAAAGCCUACACUGAAUUGAGACGGUCUUAGUUUGUUGUUGCUUCAAAAGCAUGAGGACUUAUUCCUACACACGCCACCGUGUUGGUUGUUUGUUUUUAUUUAUUUCUAUGAUUAUUGAAAGAUCAGGGAAUGGGAAGUAAGAAACAAUUGCACUUGUGUGAUGAUAUCAAUGCUGUCUAUCACCGCAGUAUCGUUUCCUGGGCUGUGUAUCACUAACAUGGAAAUACAAGACACGGACGACUCACUGUACUGCAUUAAAAACCGACAUCGGUGUGUAAAGGAUAUCACCGCAUGGGUUCAGGAACACUUCAGAAAACAACUGUCAGUAACUACAGUCGGUCCCUACAUCUGUAAGUGCAAUUAAAAACUCUACCAAGCAAAGUUUAACCCAUUUAUCAACAACACCCAGAAACGCCACCGGCUUCGCUGGGCCCCGAGCUCAUCUAAGAUGGACUGAUGCAAAGUGGGGAAAGUUUUCUGUGGUCUGACGAGUCCACAUUUCAAAUUGUUCUUUAAAAACUGUGGACGUUGGAAUGAAGAGGAAAAGAACCAUCCGGAUUGUUCUCGGCGCAAUGUGUAAAAGGCAGCAUGUGUGAUGGUAUGGGGGUGUAUUAGUGGCCGAGGCAUGGGUAUCUUACACAUCUGUGAAGGCACCAUUAAUGCUGAAAGAUUUUUGGAUUAACAUAUGUUGCCAUCCAAGCAGCGUUAUCAUGGACGCCCCUGCUUAUCUCAGCAAGACAAUGCCAAGCCACGUGUUACAACAGCGUGGCUUUGUAGUAAAAGAUUGCGGGUACUAGACUGGCCUACCUGUAGUCCAGACCUGUCUCUUGUUGAAAAUGUGUGGCACUUUAUGAAGCCUAAAAUACCACAAAGGAGACCCCGGACUGUUGAACAACUUAAGCUGUACAUUAAGCAAGAGUGGGAAAGAAUUCCACUUCAAAAAUGUGUCUCUUCAGUUCCCAAACCUUUACUGAGUGUUGUUAAAAGGAAAGGCCAUGUAACACACUGGUAAAAAUGCCCCCAUGACAACUUUUUUUCAAUGUGUUGCUGCCAUUAAAAUCUAAGUUUAUGACCAUUUGCCAAAAAACAACAACAAAGUUUACCGAUGUGAACAUGAAAUAUCUUGUCUUUGCAGUCUAUUCAAUUGAAUAUAAGUUGAAAAGGAUUUACAAA